GAACGUCACGGUGACGCGACGGCUGCUGUGACCGGGCAAGGCCGCGAGGAGGCGCCGGGGCCGGAGAGAGAGAGAGAGAGACUGAGAGAGAGAGGUAGAGGCCGGGGAGAGCGCCAUGUAGAGGCCGGGAUCAGGCGGCCUACGGGGAGUCCAUCAUGAGAAGAUGUACCGUUGUUAGCUCAACAAGAUGCCCACAGGAUCCACGUGGUGUCAUCACCAGCCAUUGCCGCAAGACACCCAUGAAGCUGCCCGAAAGCCAUAGAGGCCCCACUAAGAGCUGGAAGCACCAUGAAGCCUGCACACGAGCGCAGCCAGGAAUGCCUUCCACCAAAGAAACGCGAUCUGGUCCAGAGCAUUAUAAACAUAGAGUUGCCGCCCAAGGUGGAUAAUGUCGCCGCCACCGCCUCCUCCUCCUCCUCCUCCAACCAUGGUCCAGCUCCUGAGACACAUAACAACUGGCCCAGAGGCGUGCUGGUGGCAGCAGGACAAGGACAUGGGGUCAGCUAUGAAGUGGCCGGGGAAGGCGCAGAGACUGUCACUGUGGAUCAGUAUGGAAACCUUUACAAACUUGCUGUCCCAUCCGCUGCCUUCUCCUCGCAGGGCCUCCACUCUGUGGUGGGAUCCAUUCCUCCCUCCUUUAAUGUAGCAUCUCAGUUGAUCCAGCAUCCAGGAAUGACAUAUCCACCCAUCCAUUAUACUCCCAUUUCCCACGCAUCUGUUCAGUUUCUUGGGUCUCCUUAUGCCGUUCCAUAUGCUGUCCCCCAAGGCUUUCUUCAGCGAGCUGUGAUCUCUCCUCCCGCUACCAUGGCUGCUUCUCAUGUUCCUCACUAUGUGCCAUAUAACUCCAUUAUGUCCGAGGGGGUGACUCCACCUCCGCAGACUCCAUCUCCACACUCUUUUAAUAAAGUGAACACAGCACAAUCACCCCCUGUGCUCCUGGGUGUCGUCCCUGUCGAUGUCACAAAGGGAAGGGUUCCCAUAUUUUAUCAGCAUUCUUCUCAGCUGCCAGCGGGCUAUCCUGUGCAUGAAAUGGUCUUGACAUGCCCUCCUAAUCAAGACCAUAGCUCGGCCUCUCCAAACCGCAAAGAAGCGUUGAUCACGCCUAGCAAUGGGGCCCAGAGAGGACCUGAUUCUGCCCCCAUUCGGAGGGGCAGUCAAUCUGUGGACCAGUACAUGCAUGACGCAGAGCUGCAUAUGGCAAGGGGUAAGGGUGAAGGUCUGUUGGACUGUGACGUAUACUUAGGACAUGCACCACAAAGGACAGAAGUCACUUUGAUGACCCAUCGGAGCACUCCUGAUACGGAUCUAGAAGUUCAGAGAGUGGUGGGAAGUAUGGCAUCCCAAGAGUUCUGUACGCCCUCCGUUCAGAGAAAGGACAGGAUCAGCCCGUUAAACCUUUCCAUCGAUGGUAAACAUGAAGCAGAGCAGGGCAAAAAAACCAUGGCGAGUCCAUCCAGAGGAGAACUUAGGGGCUUAUACAACGUUCAACACCCUCUCCAAUACACAGAGAAAACUGCACUUAUAUCAAAUGGAGACUCAACCCAAGGAGCAAUGUGUCACAAAGAGAACCUACCUUCAGAAGUUCCCCAACAUGCCUCUAAAACCCAAAGGACAAAAUCUCCUGGAGGCCUCAACAGAGAUUCUUCUCACCCAGAUAGAAGCUCUCCACCCACAGGACCCACUCAGCCUCCACAUUCCACCACCCUUCCCUCCCACUUUAUGAAAGGAGCCAUUAUUCAGCUUGCCACUGGAGAACUGAAGAGAGUAGAAGACCUGCAGACCCAGGAUUUUGUGCGCAGUGCCGAGGUCAGCGGUGGCCUUAAAAUCGACUCCAGCACUGUGGUGGACAUCCAGGAUAGCCAGUGGCCAGGAUUUGUGACCCUUCACUUCAUUGUCGGAGAGCAGCAGAGCAAAGUCUGUUUGGAUGUCCCACCUGAACAUCCAUUCUUUGUAUAUGGUCAAGGCUGGUCAUCUUGUAACCCUUCCCAGACCGCUCAACUAUUUGCACUUCCCUGCCACCAGCUCCAAGUAGGAGAUGUCUGCAUCUCCAUUAGCCUGCAGAAUUUAACCAAGAACGGCGCCUCCCCAUCGAGUGGCAUCUCUGCUCAUCAAGCCCUGCCGCUCCCUAAUGAGAAAGCAGUGUUACAGUCUAGGGAGUGCCCAGAGAGAGACGGCGAUAAACAGAAUCGGCGCCAGAAAGAUGGCAUGGCACAGAGCUCUCAUACCCUGUCCAUGUCCUCUCUUCCUUUAGCUCAGUCAAGCUGGCCCAGUUCAGCAGUCCAAAGAUACAGUGGGCAGGGUUCAGAAACCCGGCCUUCGCCUUCACGACACUCUUUCAUUCCGCAGGAGGUGAAGUUGUCCAUCGAGGGCCGGUCAAACGCAGGGAAGUAGCGCUACAUACAAAAAAAAUAAGGCCCCCUCUGCAAGCGGAAUAAAUUUGCACAGUUAGAGUACAGGGAUAA